GGAUGUCAUAUUAACUUCCUGAGUUUGAAACUGACUUCACCAUAGGAUACGUCUCUGAUCAUUAUUUCAAAAUAUGUUGAAGUUGUAUAUGUGAUCAGAGGACUAGACACUGGUACGAUCGUACGACAACAUGCCUCUGAUACGAACAUCAAAGUGGCCACUGAGAGUUAUUGGAUGUAAACUUGUUCUAUUCAUGAUAUGUGAGAUUUCUCACGGUCAAAGCAUAAAAGGCCCAAGUUAUGUGACUGAAAACAGCAACCACACAUUUAGUUGCGAUUAUUCAACGUGCUCAGUCUCAGCCAUCACGUGCACAUACAGCUGGAAUUCAUCAUUAAUAACAUUACCCACAGACACAUCGAGCAAACACAUUACGUUGACAAGUAUAAGACGGGAGUGGAAUAACGCAAUAAUAAACUGCAACAUCAACGUAAAUGGGUCAUCUCACGUGACAGCUGCCACCAGAUUGAAUGUACAGUAUGGUCCAUUGGCAGCCAACAUACCAGUUAAAAGCCCGUACACAGUCACAGAGGGUAACACAACCUCCAUCGCAUGUCAAGCCCCAGCCUGCAAUCCCACAUGUACAGCCAAGUGGUUCAACGGUUCAACCCAAAUUCUUUCUACAACGCUGUUUGGUGAACCGGUCAGACGACACUUUGCAGGGUUCUAUACUUGUCACGUUUCUAAUUCAGUUGGGAAUCGGACUUCACAGCUUCAUCUCAUUGUUAACUAUGUCCCUAUUCUGCUUGGACACAACAGAACUUAUAACGUCUCCAAAGGCUACCCGCUGACCGUCACUAUUCCGGUUUCCGCCUGCCCAGCCGUCUUAUGGAAAGACAUCAAGAUUGGAGAUCGAUUUGUGAAUGACAAUAUCAUUGUAAAUUUAACGAACGGUAUUGAUGUCCAACAGUGCAUUGCAAGCGCAAUACAAACGUUGUCAGUGGUAAUCAAUGCGACGCAAGAAGAGCACUUCCGGAAUUUUACUGUCAAUUUCACGAACGCUGUUGAUACAACAACAACACAUUUCGCUAUUUUUCCACAAGGACCGCCCGACGUACCGUUACGGUUCGAUGAAAAAUCGACCACGUAUCAUAGCGUUACGUUCGUCGUCGAAUCCGGCUUCUUCAACGGCGGGGAACAAACGUUCGUCCUGCAGUACAGACGAGUGAACAGCGAUUCUUUAUGGGAGAACGGCUCUAUUGCUUACGUUGGCAAGGAGAAGAAUGUCGAAGUGGCAAUGACAGUGGACGAUCUUUCACCAGUGACCGACUACGAGUUUAGAGUCUAUGCCUUUAACGAGUAUGCCCAGAGCAAGUACUCGACUGUGGUUCAAAUCACUACUGCUCUACAUGUUGGAAUGGUGGUUGGAAGUGUAAUUGGCGGCGUUGCAGGCAUCGUUUUGAUCGUUCUGGUUGUGUACUUUGUAUGCUUGAAGCAAAAGCAUGAUAAAAAGCCCCCACCUAUUGUCCCAUUUACGAAUAUUCUCGGAGCUUUAGAAGAGGAGAAAAGGCAAGGGCACCCACAGAGCAAUAUGUAUAUGCAGUCUUCGACAGAAUCCGAAAAUGUCUACAUGAAUACAAAUACGACUAAAGUAACACCUUUAACAGUCGACGAUGAAGAGCAAUAUGUCAAUCAAGUUGGAGUGGCUCCAGACAGACAAACGUCUGUGGACAGUGAAGGGUAUCUAAAAGUUAAAGACCACUCAAACGACGAAGAUAACUAUAUGAAUGUCGCCAAGCAAUUGGCCGAAUCACAAAACAUAUCGGAAGAUAUGAGUGCGGAUAACCGCGUUUAUGAGAACACACAGCUAACACACAGGACUAUCAACUCACAGUUGGAACAAGGGGAUAUCAAUAUAACGUUAACAAAAAAUCCAAAGAAGAUCCCAUCUUUAGCCCGGUCUGCUAAAAGAAUUUCUUCAGACGAUGAAGAGGAUUACUUACAAAUGGAUUCACAAAUAAAACCAGCUAACAAUAUUAAUGUGAAUACCCAACCAACACCAAAACCAAAGAGGACGAAAGGGGACGAAGUUGAAGAUUAUUGCGGUGUCAUGGCAAUGGGGAAACGAAACAGCACACCAAAGUUCCAAGCCCCUGCUCCGCCCUUAAAAGGAACUGAUGAAGAGGACUACGAAAACACCUUUGCAAAGAGGAAAAAGAAGUCAUCUUAAACUAUUAUUCAAUUAAAUGUGUGUAUACAACGUAUAUAAUGUUUUCAGUGACCUUCAAAGUUGUUAGACGAAACUUACUUGUGUUGAAUAAUGUAUGAAAUUAGACUUUUGUCUAUGGGCAACGAUGUACUUCUAUGAGCGCCCACCACUAUCCCUGACGGUCAUGUUAAAGAAUUGUAAAUGUACUUUAAAACACGAGCUGUCAAGUGAAAAUACUUGUGAUAUCGGUAAUUCUUUAAUGAAUGAGUGGAUUUUGGUUUUGACAUGUUUCUAUUAUUUCGAUCGAAUAUCAAUAAAAACACGUACAUUUUUGUAAAAGUAUGCACUUCCGCAUAAUCAAAUCAAACAUGUAUUAGAUCUAGUAGUUAUGUUAUUUUUUCAUUUCAAUUAUAAAGUUUUUAUACAUGCCAUGUGUGUAAUAAUAUUUAUGCAAUAUUAAAUUUACUCAGACAUUGAUAUUCAAUUAUUGGUUUACGCUUUGUGUACUUAUUGUUAUGUAAAUACUUACGAGAAUCAUAAAUGCGAAUACAAAAUGUAUAUAACUCUUUUUUACAUUAAUUAUUUGGCUUAAUUCAUAACAAAAAACAUGUCAUCAUUUUAGCAAAUUUAAUAUACAAUUUCGCUUUAUGUUUCUUUAAGUUUGAUUCACCUAUAAUCGUACAUGUUUUAGUUAGAAGUUAUCUAAAAUAUCAAUAAGAAAUUUGGUUUGGCUAUUUACGAAUGAUUGUUUAUUACAUGCUUAUUUUGUACAUACGAAUGUUUUAAGUUGGAUCAUUUUCAACGGUAUUUUAAUAACAUCAUAAGAUACACGUCACUCUCAUGAUAUCAUUUUUAAUGUACCACGUACAAACACUAUUGACUACUUUUAAUUGAUGUCUAAUGUAUAUAAAAUUCCAAACCUGUGGUGGCAUAAACUUUAUUUAUAUAUCGGCCAUUGUUCUUUGUUCGUUUUUUUUUGUUUUUUUAAUAGUUGUCACAUAUACCUAUGACCUAGCAUCAUGAAUUAAUGAGUAUAAUGAUGUGUGUAGAAAGUAUUCUAUUAAACAAUUUGCUAAAUUUUAAGUUGAUAUGUCGAGCCUUUUUUUACGAAAUUCGAAUUGUAUAAGUCGUGCAUUAUAAUUUUAGUUGAGAGUAUAUUAAUGAAUAUUUAUAAUUAAUAUACUAUUAAGACUCUAAUUAUAUAAGGUAUUAGGUCCAAUGAUUUAUUACGUUAUGUUUGUAUCAUAUAGUCUGAUAAUAUAAUUCAUUAUUCGUGUAACUGGAUCUGUCUUGAAGUAUAUUUCUUUAUAAUAAAGGAUUGUGUUGAG